AUUGGGAGGAGUGGGACUGGGGAGUGAUGUCAGUAGGAGGCUCUGCCUCAGUCACUGACCCCUGUACAAUACUCUGCAGAUCUGAGAGGCAGACACCGGGCGCCUAUUGUUCUGAGGAGAGGGGCACUCACCCACCAAACACCCCGCAGCGGCCAGGAGAUGUCUAGCAAACGCAUGGUGUCGACCGUUCAGAUCACCUUGUCUGCUCCGAAGAGAGCAGAACUUUCACGGAGGAGCCAAUCCCCGCAGAAUACAGAACCGAAGCAGGUGAGGUCGGAUCCUCCUCCUGAUGUUGUAUCCAGCCUCAAACAUCGUCAUAAUGACUCCUGGAUGGACCAGAAGGAUCUCCAGAAUGGAGAUCUCCCAAUAUUUCCCCCUGACACAUUCCUGGAUGAGAUCCCAGAAGACUGCCUCGGCCCAGACCUCCCGCCUCCACCCCCACCACCUCCAGUUAUGCCGCUGUCCCCUAAACGUGUCCCCCUAGAACCUUCCCCGGCUCCUAUCCCAGACUCUUUAAGUCUUGAGUUACAGAAGCUGGAGCUCACCCUGCCUCCACCUUCCCAGAAACCGUUGACGUCUCCAUCACCAAAGCCUGUGAAACCGCCGUCCGUGCCCAAUAACCAGCACAGAAGAGAGGAGGUCGCUCCAGGGAAGCAGAGUGUGAACGGCUACAAAGGGAAGCAGGAAGGCUCAGACAUUUGUGCCUUCUGCCAUAAAACCAUCCUCUCCAACACCGCCACCAUCGAGGCCAUGAAGAAGCAGUACCAUGCCAGCUGCUUCACCUGCCGAAAGUGUCACCGACUCCUGGCCGGUCAGAUGUACUACCAGAAAGAUGGACAGCCGAUCUGUGACCACUGCUAUAAGGACACAUUGGAGAAGUGCGCCAAAUGUAAGACCCUGAUUCUGCAGCACAUUGUCCGUGCACUGGGCAACUGCUACCACCCAGAAUGCUUCACGUGUGUGGUGUGUAACCGGACCAUCGCGGACGAGAGUUUUGCUGUGGAUGAGCACAACGAUGUUCACUGCGCAGAGGAUUAUUACAGGAAAUAUGCACCUAUUUGCAAUUCUUGCCACGAUCCCAUAUUGCCUAAAAAUGGACAAGAUUCCUAUAAAAUUGAAUGUAUGGGACACAACUACCAUGAGAACUGCUAUCGCUGUGAGAAAUGUCAAGUGCUUCUGUCCCUGGAUCCAACAGACAGCGGCUGCUUCCCCCUGAAAGGCCAUUUACUGUGCAAGCCCUGUCACCUGUCAUGGAACAAUGAGGCGUCCUAACCAUCGGGGCCGAGCCGAGACCAAAAGCAGAAUUCACCCCACAUCCUGAUGUCCUACAGGUUGUCACAGGCGUCCUAAUAUCACAUCUAAGAGUGAAAUCUGACAACUCACAACAGAAAAAGCGAGAUUCACCCAGUGCUCCAGAUGGUAGUCACGUGGGGAGGAGGGGGCUCAAUGUGGCACAUUUCCAGACCCCUAUCUCCGGACAAAACACUUCAUGGUAUUUGGAUGCCAUCCACUUGCACCUUAAUAUACACUGUGCUGAUUGUAUAGAGCGUCGCCUCCGCACGUAUCACAUGUGUCUGCACGUUCUGUACUCGCCAGUGAUAAAUACAAUCACAACAUGA